UUAUCAUAUCUAACUAACCAUAUUUCUCAAGUUUCAGAAUGAAGGGGUUGGCUACACUCAUCGCGUGCGCCAGGUGCCCGCAUGCCUGUGUUGACAAAUCGCGCAGGUAAACAGAUCAGAGACUAUGUCAAGAGAUGAUCGUUCUAAAGAAAGCGUUGAAAUGGCUGAUGAUUCGGACGCUGGUCCAGGUCAAGCAUAUUCAACUUUCGUGAUGAUGGAAAAUUUGCUUGACAAGUUGAAAUUAUUGAAUUAUGACACAGAGUUUGUUAAAAGUUUGAUGAUGAAACCCAUACAUAGGCAUUAUUUUGCUAUUCAGACUAAUCCUGGUGAACAAUUUUUCAUAUUUACAUCUUUAGCUGCUUGGUUAAUUCGCUUGACAGGAAAGCAGUUUGAACAGCCUCAAGAAUAUGAUGAUCCAAAUUCAACUAUUUCUAGCAUUUUGGAUGCAGUUCGACAGUUGGGAAGAUCUGUGGACUUUCCUCCUAGUAAAUUAAAACAAGGCUAUGGUGAACAUGCAGUAACUGUACUUGACACACUUGUGGAUGCAGCUAUACAAAGUACUGGCUUCUCAUGGCAAAAACCAAAACCACCCCCUGAAUUAGAGGAUGAUGAAGGAGUGAUAGAAGAUGAAUCUGAAUUAAUAUUAGAAAAAGUAGAAGAGGAAAUGGCUGCUGCAUAUUCUGAUGAAGAGGAAGAAAAUUUGCUUCAUAUUGAUGAUCUUCAAACACUGCCAUUUGGAAGGAAGGGUAUGCAAGAGUCUCAGAAGCCUGAAGAAAUUUUGGAAUCCAACACUGAUAUGGAGAAUUGGAAACUCGAAUUGGAGAGGGUCUUACCACAGUUAAAGGUUACCAUAAAAACAGAUCCAAGAGAUUGGCGAUCCCAUCUGGAACAAAUGCAGCAUCAUAGAUCAGGCAUUGAAGAAGCUCUAACAAAUACAAAGGUUCAGCUGGAUAAAUUACAUACAGAAAUUUCUCGUACUCUGGAGAAAAUUGGAAGUCGUGAAAAAUAUUUAAACAGCCAACUGGAACCUGUGCUUGUACAGUAUCGAUCUCUUCAGGAUGAAAUGUCUCGUCUCAAUGAACAGUAUCAAGAUGUGAGUGGGGGUGUGGCAGAACGUACAAGAAGUCUUGCCAAUAUUACUGAAGAAUUAGAGUCUGUGAAACAAGAAAUGGAAGAACGUGGUUCUAGUAUGACUGAUGGCACACCUGUUGUCAAUAUCAAAAAGGCAAUUGCACGAAUCAAGAAUGAGAUUACAGCUAUGGAUGUGAGAUUAGGUGUUUUAGAGCAUAGUCUAAUGCAAGCCCGGCUUCGUGAUAAGACUCAGCAGCAGCAAGACAUAAGUACAAACCCCAUAAUUUCAUUCUGAACAGCUUUUUCUACGUAGCAACUUCUGUACUUAUCUAUGCUCUUAGUGAAGCAGUCUUACUGUUAGAUGCAUUGUUGGCGCUUGGCAUGAUCAGACCAAAGUCACACAGGCUCUGAAACCUGAACCAGAUCUGGUUCUGGUAUGUUGAACAUUAUUUCACUCUCAUCACAAAUAUAAGUGAGUUGCAAUAUAAUCAACUAUCUCCGUAGUCAAGGCAGAAAAAAAUAUCCUGGACUAUUACUAAGCACACUUUGAAAAUAUCCUUUUGAUACAAAUUCAGUGAGCAGAUGCUAAUGCCAAGCGAUUUAUCUGGAAUUCUAGCAAGAUCAUUUUUAUGAGAAAAGUGAAUUUAUAACUAGAUUUUGAAAAAUCUUAAAUUUUAACACACUCAAAAUCAAAUUCUUAAAAGGAUUUUCAAUUUACUUUAUAACAUAAUGGUCUCUUAAACAUUUCGAGAGAAUUGAGUUGACCAAAACACAAAUAACAGGUCUGUUCAUUAGUACAAGAUUUCUACCUCCAAAUACACUUUCCACUUUCACACUGUUAAUGAAUAUUAUUACAUGCAAAACAAACCUCUAGUCACUUUUUUCCCCUGUUAAGAGUAUAUUGUAGAAAUUAAUUAUUAACAGAUUGCUUCUUAAAGCAAAUGAUAUGUAGUAGAGAAAGUAUGUGAGUAAAAUGGUAGUCAGUGUUCUUUUACUUUGUAAGCCGUCCUGCCAGAGCAAUAGAUAUAUUCUCUUGGCCUUAUGAAAUAUUUAUACAGUUAUAAAGACUGUUAGUUUUUGAUGUUAGAAAUGUUGCUAAGUAAUUGCAUGUAAGUAGAUAUCAGGUGUAAAAAUAGAAAUUUAGUGUGAUCUAUGCAAAAGAAACUGAUUUUUAUAUAUUGACAUUUAUUGAUUUGUGAUAAUAGAAUAAGGGAUCAAAUUUGUUGCUUUGAAAUAUUCCUCAUCUAUAAUUGUGGAUUAAGACUAAGAACUUAUAUGAACUCUCCUUUGUUUAGAUUCUAAACACUUACAUUACUUUUUAAUCUUUUUAUCAAAAUUAAAUCCAAUGUUUAAAAAAUGAGCAGAAAUGAGAGUUCCUGUCCUUUAAUCCAACCAUCCAAAUGUAUAUUAAAUUUGAAUUGAAGUUUCUGAGAGAAAAUUUGGGAACAUAUUUUAUAUCUGUAUUGUAAUUUAUUUACAUAUGUGAAACUUCAGAAAACCCAUGUCCAAAUGUACUGAAAUAUUAAGAAGUUAUAUCAUGUUUUUUGGAUUAAUAACAUUUAAAGGAAUAAUUUAGAGCUUUUACACCUUCAUGAGAAAAUGGGAAUGAAGCUUCUAACAGCAUUGUUUAAGAUUGAUUUUUUGUAAAGAAAAAUGUAAGAUAUUUAUUAAUAAAUUUAUAUUACUAAUUUCCAAUGUGUACAGAAAUUGAAAGAAAACCAAGUAGUCUAUGGCUGUGUAAGAAGUGUGAAUAGGUUUGUUAAAUACCCAGGGACUUGGAAUUUGUUUGAAAAUGCAAAUAUUUCAUUGUAUUAUUCACCUAUUCUCAUGCUAUGCCUACCGACUGAAUUCUCAAACACAAUGCAUCAUUGCUUAUGACACAACUGAUGUCAUGCAACUGCAAGUCUUCGAGGAAGAGGGCGGCAUCCACCAUUGAAUCUUUGCUAUUUACGUGUUACACAAUGGAAAAGCAACAGUUUAAUUUUCUUGGUAUGUAAACUUUUUACACUUGUGCAGAAAUGUAAUACUGACAUUGACAGAAAUACAUAUAUUGAGGGUUUAGCACUAUGAAUGUUCUAAACCUCUUUUUCAAAAAUAUUUUUAUCUGCCUGCUCUAGUGUAUAUAUGCCUGAAACAGUAGUAACAGAAAACCAAGUUCGGGGAAAGCAAACUUCUGAGUUUGGCAUAACUGAUCAAGAGAGAUUCUCAGAAGUAUUCCUCAGUAGAGUGUUAUAAUUGUUGGUUUGGAAUUUAGAGAAACUAAUUGUUUAAGUUAUGCACAAUUAUUAAUAUCAUUUAUGUUCAAUACUUUACUGUUGUUUUAACUGGUACUAUAUAGAUAUAGAUGAAAGAGGUAUAGGAAAACCAAGAAAGAAAUCAACCAUGCAGGAACUCCUGGAAUAUUAAUAACAUUCAUUUCAAGCCUAUUUCUUAACCAGGAACAGGCCUCAGACCUUUCAACCUGCAGUGUUUGAUAAUGAUGAUAAUGAUGAUGACGGUGUAGAUAGACAACAAUGAUACAAUGAUCUCAAAGUGUAAUCUCAAUAAAAAUUAUAAAUGACACUUUUCCUCAACAAUUGAAUAAGGACUCAUUAUAUAUUUCUUGUAAACUGUUGAAAGGAAACUUUUGGUAUCAUUGUCACAGGUCACACAUUCAAUACUUUACAAUUGAGAUUUAGAUGCUUUUUAAAUGGAAACUCACAUUUGCCACUAUGCCAUUGUGUGUAUUAUCCCUUAAGCAACCACAAAGAUAAUAUAUGGGUUAUUUAAUAAAACUAUUAUUUACUCUCACUAACAAUAGUAAAUUUUACAAGAUAUUUCUGUGAAGAUUUCAAUGUCAGCCCACUGAUUAAUAAUUAACUUCCAAGAAGGACGAUUGAAAUAUUUGUUGUUUAAUGGAUGAGCUUUUCCAUGGUAACACAGGUAUCAUAUGUGUUGUCUGGUAAAAUAGAAGAGUUUAAUUAACAAAUGUGGCACCAAUUCCAUAAGAAGAUAAAUAGAACAAAGAUUUAACACAAAUGGCAAAUGUACAAUAAAUAUUUUCUUCUCAACAUGAACUUUGUGAAACAUACCAGAAACAAGCAAUGUAGCAAAAUAACAUAAAAACGGCUGAAAAAUUUCAAGAAAGAGAGUGGGUUUUCAAAUACAUAUCUCUCUGAAUAAUAAAUACUAUUGUAAUGUUUCUGCUCAAUUGAAAUGAUAAAUGAAACAUAUUAGUAAUCUAGUAUUGUUUGUUUUCAACCCUAUAAAGAAGUAAUGUAGUGUUAUGUUAUCCAUAUCUUAAUGCAAGGAAAAUAUUUCUAUACGAUUUAUGUAAGCAGAGGAGAAUCAUAUUUAUUUCUUUAGUCUUUAGGUCUAUUUGUUUGAAGGAAUGUGACAAAUAGGCUAUUGGUAAUAAGUUUUCCCUUCUUCUUAUUUCUGGUCAAUAGGGUUUGUUAAAUUAUUGUUGUUUGUAUUUCAGUAUUAAAAAUUUUAAGUUCCAUUUCUGAAUAUUCUCAGUUCAAAUUGAAUGAUUAAUUUGAAAUCCAUCUUAAUGGUGCUAGACUUAAUUAUUGGAAAUUGUAUUGGAACUGCUAUACUUUCUAAUAAUAUUAUAUCUGCAACAUUUUUUAUCAAAAAAAGAAAAAAUAAUAAUAAAAAAGAUUGUAAAUCAUUGAUGUUGGAUUGAAUGGGAAAUGCAUUCUUUGGAUGCUAUUUAUAUUUAUGCAAUAAAAGAAAUUCAUGGACGAACCUAUUUGAUUUUCAUUUGAUAUCUAUGAAUGAACAUAUUUACACAAACGAAGUCUGUUUCUUACUGUAUUUUUGGACAACUAUACAUUUUGGUUGGGCAGGUCUCAGAAUCUAGACUCAGCACUGCAUCUCACAGUGUUUUAUAUUUAUUAUGAAAAUGUUCUAGGAAAGGAGAAGGGGUGACCGACUAGUGAACCACUGGGCAGUGUUUUGAAAUGAAGGAGACAAAUGCAUUGCAGAUGAUGAAAAUUUGUUGCUUUGACUGAAGAUCAUCAAAUAAAUAAUUAAAGGAAAUGAAAACUUUUGAUAAAUUAAUUCAGUAUUUCAUUUUAAAAAACAAAAACUUUUUGGACUCUUACUAGUUCUGAAAUAUUCUUGGGAAGACUUGUGAGGUUUCUCAAUUCCAUGGCUGUUUCACAAACAAGCCGUGGAAUUGAGAAACCCCACACAUCUUCCCAAGAAUAUUUCAGGAGACUUAGAAUACUGUUUAUUUUUACGGUAAUAAGUGCUAACAGGCUUUUUCUUGUAUUUACAUUUCAUUUAUUUCCAUACGGUAGUUCAUUUACUGUCUGUUCUUACAUUUUCUGUUGAGACAACCUAAAUGUUCACAUUUCCCCUUCCAGCUUUUUUCACAAUCAAAUGUUAUUAAUUCACCUUGAUAUAAUUGGGACAGUCUUUUUUAUACAAGUUCUUCUGUGAUAUUUAAUCAACCAAAAUCCCUACCACAUGUUUUGAAUGAAUUUCUCUAAUUGAGGCAAACUGAGUGUCACAUGGUCGGCAGUCGCAGUUCUGACACCCACAUGCUGCAGCCUUGCGAUUUACUCUUAAUGUAUGUAUGUGCAUAUAUUAAUUUUUUAAUUGUUGUCAAUCUGUUUAUUUUAAAAUGUAAAAAUUGUACAGCAUGAUAAAAUAA